UAUAUGCCCUUGACCGGAAUCAAACCCGGGACCCUUUGGUCCGCAGGCGGACGUUCUAUCCACUGAGCCAAACCAGCUAGGGCCCAGCUGUCAUUCUUGAAUGAGCUGUUCUAACAGUUGCCCCCUAGCUUCUCCCACCCUUUGUGUUGACUCAGCAUAGAGUUUCUAGAAGCUUCCUUUGGAAGAACCAUAUUUAAUUUAUCUUUGGUAACUAGGCAAUAUUCCAGGCUUUGUAGGCCAGGCCUCUCUGUUACCACCACUCAGACCUGCCAUUGCAGUGUGGGAGCAGCCACAGGUAACACUGGCUUUAGUAUGAACACUGAGAUUUUAGUUUCAUACCAUUUUCACAUGGCAUGAAAUAUUAUGACAUUCCUUUUAGCUUUCAUAUUUCCAUCUACACCUGUAAAAGUGGGCCAUUUCCCUGAGUGUCUCAGGAAUGUUAGUGGUGGGCAUCAUGCCCUAACACAGACCCGAGGCUCACGUGGACAGCCAUUGUCCCACAGCAGCCUGUGGUUUCUUCUGCCCCUGGCACUGCCCUGCAGUGUCAUCAUGUUAGAAAAGCCCAGUUUGUGCAGAUGAUUGGCCAGCCAGCUGAUGGCAGCACCAGCUAUAAACGUUCAAUCGAGGCCAUUUUUUGGAGGCAUUUCUUCUUCUGGAGUAAUACUUUCUAGAUGAAUCUGGCAGGACUGGAGGUACAGCUCAGCCCCCUCUGGAAAGCACUUUGGACUUCUUGUCUGUUCUGUGACUGCUGCCCAGCAAAGAAAGGUCGUUGGGAUUGUCGCUGUGGUAGGUGCUUGUAUUUUUAGACACGUUAGGCCGAGAGUCCUGACCUUCACUUGAUAUCUCUAGCAGUGCCACGCGGGGUGUGAUGCUGCUCUGUACACUUUGUGCCGGGCCAGUGGGUGUGCUGUGAUGGCAGUGACGUCCACAGGAGGCGGUGGAAUUCGACCUGUUUACUCCUGUGUGUGCCCCUGGCCAGGCUCCAUCCCAGUCGUCCUAACUCAGAACCAGCAGAGAUGCAGGUGAGCGGUCCAAGGUGCAGGGAGCCUUCUCCAGCGCCAGGCCCUUCACUGGUUAUGCAACCUGGAGAAAGAUGUGCAGUCUCUGAACCCUAGGCGCAUACCUGUGAAAUGUCCAGUUGGUGUUGGUUAUUCUGGGUUAAUAUUCUCAGCCUGUUCCAUGGGAAACGGCACGAGCAGACUCUAUAGUGCUCUUGCCAAGACACUGAACAGCAGCGCUGCCUCCCAGCACCGAGAGUAUUUGGAGUCGCCUGACCCAGAACAUCUGGAGCCCAUUGAUCCUAAAGAGCUGCUUGAGGAAUGCAGGGCAGUCCUGCACAGUCGACCUCCCCGGUUCCAGAGGGACUUUGUGGACCUGAAGACAGAUUGCCCCAGUAGCCACCCCCCUAUAAGGGUCAUGCAAUGGAACAUCCUCGCUCAAGCUCUCGGGGAAGGAAAAGACAACUUCGCACAGUGCCCCGUGGAAGCACUCAAGUGGGAAGAGCGGAAGUGUCUCAUCCUAGAAGAAAUCCUAGCCUACCAGCCUGACAUCUUGUGUCUCCAAGAAGUGGACCACUAUUUUGACACCUUCCAGCCACUCCUCAGCAGACUGGGCUAUCGAGGCACAUUUUUCCCCAAGCCCUGGUCACCUUGUCUCGAUGUAGAACAUAACAAUGGACCAGAUGGCUGUGCCUUGUUCUUCCUCCAGAACCGCUUCAAGUUAGUCCACAGUACCAAUAUCAGGCUGACGGCCAUGGCAUUGAAAACCAACCAGGUGGCCAUUGUACAGACCCUAGAGUGCAAGGAGUCCAGUCAACAGCUCUGCGUCGCUGUCACCCACUUGAAAGCACGAUCCGGCUGGGAGCAGUUUCGAUCAGCUCAAGGCUGUGAUCUUCUCCGGAACCUGCAGAACCUCACCCAAGGAGCCAAGAUUCCCCUUAUUGUUUGUGGGGACUUCAAUGCAGAGCCAACAGAGGACGUCUACAAAAAUUUUGCUUCCUCCAGCCUCAACCUGAGCAGCGCCUAUAAGCUGCUGAGUCCAGAUGGGCAGUCAGAACCUCCGUAUACUUCCUGGAAGAUCCGGACCUCGGGGGAGUACCGGCACACCCUGGACUAUAUCUGGUAUUCUAAACACUCUCUGAGUGUGAGGGCAGCUCUGGAUUUGCUCACUGAAGAACAGAUUGGAGCCAGUCGGCUCCCAUCCUUCAAUUAUCCUUCUGACCACCUGUCUCUAGUGUGUGACUUCAGCUUUAAUAAUGAACCUGAUGGACUUUCAUAAACACUUUGUAAUCACAAGUCUUAACCAGGGAUGUUUCAGGAAAACUGAGGUUAGGAUACGUUGCCCGAGGAAGGAUUCCCAGUUUCUCUCACUUCACUUUCCAUGUUUCUAGCAUGCCUUGGAGAAGGAAUCCCACUAGUUAACAAACGUUUUCCAUUAAACCCUUCAGCGAAAAAGGUGUUUGCACUCCAGUUUUGGCUUGUUUUUUUCUCCUUUCCCCUAGCAUUAAAUUUAGAUCAAUUAAGGGCAUUAAAUUAGUCUUGUGAAGUUUUCAGUUUGAUGAUGCUAUAUAAAAAUACUUUGUCUUCCAUAAUUAACAAGUAUGCAGGAACAAUUUCCUCUAGACAGUAUUUCAAGUUAUUUAUUUGUGGUUUUAAGUAUCAACAAGAUAUGCAUGGCAGUAUUUAUUUUUUAUAUCUUCAUGUGAAAAUAAUAGCAUUACAAACAUUUAAGAACCAUGCAAAAUGUAAGUUAGAGAGUAAUUUAUAGUAAUUUUCUUAAGGCUUUAAGAUGUUUUUAUUUGGGGUCUAACAAAAUAGUGUACAAAUAGUGUACAAAGGAACUAUUUAGCCUGGAGGCCCCAGGGGUUUGUUUUUUUUUUGUUUUAAGUGGAAAUAGCUGGUCUCGAUAAGUUCUUCAUAACAAUUCUUGCUGUGCCUCCAUGUUCCCCAUUAUUUUAUUUCUUGAAGAUUCCAUGACCAGUUGGUCUUUGUCAUUUAAUCACUGCUAUGCAUUUACAGAUUUCUGUUGGAAUGCUACUGGUAUACAUUUGAUUUGUGGCCACUCAGUGUCACAGUGAUUUGUAUUGGAAUGUGCUGUUCACGAUGGGUUAUUUAGGAGUAGUGGCUGGUAAAGUCAGGGGGACCUUCUUUUCAGAGAUGGGCAACCAGAAAGCCUGUUCACAGGCUGUCAUUGUAAUUUCCUAAGACAGCCAGGUGACUGGCUCAGAGUGUCUAGAAAGAAUGUAAAAGGAAAGAUAACUUGGAAUUCUCUUUCCUUGGGGGGGAAAAAGUGGUCAAGGUGAAGCCCCUUCCAAACAAAGUCCCAGCAAAUAACCUAUGGGUAAUAAAUUGAAUAUUUUAAUCCAUGAAUUGUAUAUAUUUAAAAUUAAUAAAUGGUCUUUUGAAACUA